AUGCCGUUGUUUCGAGGACGGAGACAACCCUAUUUCCCUGAAGACGGCCCCGAGUUCUUCAAAGUUUUCCUUCCCUUUACCUGCUCUCACGAAAUGUCCAUACCACCUGCAUUUAUCAAGCACUUCACUAGAAACACACCAAAGAAGGCCAUUCUCAUUGAUCAUACUGGAAACUCUUGGCCUGUUGAACUGGACCAAAUUGGCCAAAUUGGCAGCCGCUUGUGUUUUAAGUGUGGCUGGCAACAGUUUGCAAGUGAUCAUUGUCUGGAAUUUGGGGACUUUCUAAUUUUCAAAUACAAUAGAAGUAAUGUGUUUAAAGUCAAUAUAUUCAAUAAAACUGGAUGCAUGAAGUACGAAGCUGAAGCUAUGGGCAGGACUCUUCCAUGUCUGAACCCUGAAGAAGAUUCUACAGCAGAGCAGACUUGUAGUAGAUUGACUCGUGGUGGCAAACGAAAGCUUUUGCAGAUAGGUUUCAAGACCAAUGAAGAGGCAGGAGAGCGCCAGUCUUUUCUAGAUCCUGAAGGGCCAACUCAACGUUUCCGUUUCAAUUUCCGCAUUUGA